AAUGACUUGAAGACUGUGUCUUAUGUAGACGAUUUUUAUUUGUGUGAUGAUGCCUCUCUUAUUGAGGGCAAAAUUGAGUAUGCGAUACAGGAGUUGGGCAAACUUGGCUGGCACAUUAAUUUGGAAAAGUCUUGUUUUACCCCGAAGACUGAAUGUAAGUUCAUCGGAUUUUUGGUACAGACUGGGGUAGGUGACAAAGCAGUUGGGUUAAAAGUUCCUAAAAAUAGAAUUGACAAGGUAAACAAAGACAUUAAAAGAAUAUUUAAAAAGGGCCAAGCAACGGCCAGAGCAUUGGCGAGAAUCGCCGGACAAAUUGUGUCCAUGACCAAAGCAGUCACGCCUGCCAAGCUCCUGCUUCGCAAUCUGUAUCGAUGUUUAAGGUCAAGGACCUCUUGGCAGGAUCUGUUGGCACUGGACAUGGAAACUAUUAAAGACUUACGUUGGUGGUUAAAAGCCUUUGAGGCAUGGAAUGGUAAAGCAUUUAGACACCAAAACAUUUCAAUUGAAAUAGCCACUGAUGCCUCGGCAGAAGGAUGGGGAGCCACUAUGUUUCCAAGCGGUUUGAAGGCCCAAGGCUAUUGGACGAUAGAACAGUCUUACAAAAGUUCCAAUUUUCGGGAAACACUAGCUGUGCUAUUAGGUCUUUUGGCCUUCCUGUCACAAGUAAAGGGCAAAUCAGUGACUAUUCUAAGCGACAAUGUGUCGGCGGUCUGUUAUAUCAAUAUGCAAGGGGGCCCUGCAAUGGAAUUGUCACGAAUUGCGAGGGAAAUGUGGUCAUUAGCACUCAAAUACAACAUACAGUUAAAAGCUCAACAUCUGAAAGGUGUGCUCAACGUACAGGCCGAUACGUUGAGUCGACUAAGUUCCCAGUACGAAUGGUGUCUACAUCAGAAAGUUUACGACUAUUUGAAUGUACUGUGGGGGCCUCACACCAUAGACAGGUUUGCCACUAUGGCGACAACCAAAUGCAUAAAGUACAACAGUCGGUUUCUAGAUCCAGCCUCAAUGGGAGUAGAUGCGCUGCUCCAGGGGGACUGGGGACUGGAAAACAAUUAUGUGAAUCCACCAAUAAGACUUCUAGAUCAGGUGCUGGAUAUUAUGUGCCGGCAACAGGCAACAGCAACAGUUAUUGCUCCGGAAUGGAAGGCCCAGUAGUUUUACCAAAGAUUAAAACAAUUAUCAGUGGCUCC